AUGGUCUACCACGACAAGCCUGAUGAGCUGGCGGGUGAGGAGUUUGAGCUCCCGCACGACCACGACGACAAUGCGCCGUUGCUUCCUCGCUACGAAGGUCCUUCCUCUUCCUCGCUGCCAGCACACCCGAAAUACACUCGCAGCGGACCACGUCGCCGCAGGCCGUUCCUCUGGAUCUGCAUUCUGCUCGCUAUCCUGAUUCCGAGUGCCGGUUUUGCUGCGUGCUACUACGAGCGCAAGGGCGGCAAAGCCCUCCGCUACGACGGCCUCCCUGACAAGGCCAAGGAGUGGCUUGACAAGGUCUGGGGACCUCACACCGGCUCUGCUGAGAAUGACGACUUCCCCGCUGAGGCUGCGCUCGUUGUCACGGCUCCUGCGCUUCCCGAGUAUACGGGGGUGAGCCCGAUCGUCCCUCCGCAGAACUCCAAGUUCAAGGACUUCAGCAUCAUCAAGCACUGGGGCAACCUCAGCCCGUAUCACUCUGUCAAGUCCCAUGGUCUCCCGUCGUCGAGCCAGAUCGUACCGAAGGGCUGCGAGCUGGAGCAGAUGCACUGGCUCCAGCGCCACGGUGCUCGCUACCCUACCACGAAUCCCAAUGGACCCGCCGGGCUCGCUACUCGCCUGAAGGCGGCCAAGUUCAAGGCCUCUGGCAAGCUCAAAUUCCUCAACGACUGGGACUACAAGCUCGGUGCUGAGCUCCUCACGCCAUUCGGACGCAGCCAGCUGUACAACCUCGGUGUCUCAGCCCGCAUCAAGUAUGGCUUCCUUCUGGAUCGCAUGAACGGCACCAAGCCCGUGUUCCGCACCGAGAGCCAGGACCGCAUGCUCCGCUCCGCUCAGAACUUUGCCGCGGGCUUCUUCGGCAUCCCUGACGAGGACCAGUACAACCUGCUCGUCAUGAUCGAGGCGCCUGGCUUCAACUGCUCGCUCGCACCUUACCAUUCGUGUCCCAACGACAACAAGCUGUACCCGAACGUCAACGCCAAGCUGGCCACCUGGGACUUUAUCUAUCUCAAGGAUGCCCGCAAGCGCCUCCAAAAGAUGGUCAAGGGCUACGACAUCACCAUUCAGGACGCCCGUGACAUGACCGUUGCCCUUGGUCACUCCGCCUUCUGCGAGCUGUUCACUGAGAAGGAGUGGCGAGGCUACGAAUACCGCAGCAGCAUCUACUGGUGGUAUGCUGCGAGCUUCGGCAGUCCCGUUGCCCGUGCCGAGGGUCUGGGCUACCUGCAGGAGCUUACUGCGCGUCUUACUGAGACCCCGAUUACCGAGUUCAACUCGUCGAUCAACUCGACGUAUCACACCGACACACGCUUCCCCCUCGGUUACCCGCUCUAUGCCGACUUCACACACGACACGACCUUCGCGCAGCUUCUGCCGACGAUGAACCUGACGACGUUCGCCAAGGCGGGCCCACCACCGCUCGACCACAUCCCGGACAACUGGCCCUUCAUCGCUGCUAAGUUCUCGCCAUUUGCCGCGAACAUGCAGGUGCAGGUUCUGUCGUGUCCCGCGCGCACGGAGAAGGAUGCCGACUUUGACACGAACAUGUUUGAGGACCUCCUCGGCAACCUCAAGGAAUGGUGGCCGUUCGGCAAGCAUGGCUACGCGCUGAAGGAGAAGCGCAUGAACGUCGUCAAGCCUGCCGGCCCGCUCAACUGGCCGUCUGCCUCUUCGGCUGCCCCUGAGCCGACCCCGACCGAGGAGCCCGAGGAGGAGCAGCCUGAGCCUGAGGACGAGGAGGACGAGGAGGCCCCCACUGGCGAGAGGAAGCGCUUCGUGCGCCUCAUCCUGAACGAUGCCGCCGUUCCGCUGACCGGCAUCCGCGGGUGCAAGAAGGACCGUGACGGACUGUGCGAGUUUAACGCUUUCGUGUCGAGCAUGCGUGAGCUCAUUGCGGGCGUCGAUUUUGCCUACGACUGCAACGCCGACUACGACAUCACCGAGGAGGUCACAAACGGCCAGCCGAACCGCCGCCACUAG